ACCUGGCUGUUCGUGAAGCACCAACCCGGAAGAGGAAAAGGGCGCAGCGCAACGGAACCGCAACAAGCGACACCAACCAAACGAAUUUCCCCUCCAAAAACGAGCUCCAGAGCCAGAACGCCCGAAUUCGCCCUCGCGCGCUGUCUCGCAGCGCGCGCGCCCCGUCCCUCCUGCCCGUUUGGAGUCCGCUCGGCGGCGGGACGGACCGGAUCCUGCUCCAUGGCGGAGGGCUUCGGGCGGUGGGAGUCGGAUCCGCUCUUCCCCGCCGCCGAGUGCGUGCAGGACUCCGCCGACAGAAUGGAGGGUGUCUACCGCCUGCUUUUGCAUGAAAGGAAAGUUAUGCAGGAUGGUACUUCCGAUGCAAAGUUUCAUGCUCCAAUACAAUACGAGAGAGAUGUGAUUACUGCUCUUGGAACUACCAAAUGGCAGCUGGAGCAAUUUGAGAGGGAGGUGAAUGCAGCUGCAUUCUCUGACAAGUCAAAGUCAAGAGAAAAUGCGAUCUUAAAGUUUAGGCAAUUCAUUAGAGCUAUAGCGGACCAGAUUUCUCAGGUGGAAGAAAGCUUGAAGAGUCUUAGGCUAGGUUCUAGUAGAACUCCAAAACACUCGAGCGAAUAUGAUGGAGAUGGGCUGGCAUCCUUUCUUUCUGGUUCCACCAAGGAUGACCAUGCAUAUCAAUAUCAUUCCACUGGUACAGAUGAAAUUGUGGAGCUUAAGCUCGAUAAUGUUCCUUUAGUAAAUGGCUAUCAUUCUACCCAAGAACAUACAACAUACGAACACAGGAAUUCAGAUAAAGAUGUGGAAGGAGCAGGGAGUGCAUGUGAAGGGGAUCAUAGCAAUAGCAAUAUGUAUGUUUUGGAUGCUGAUGAUUCUAUAAGUUGGAGGCUUUUUUGCAAAAACAAACUGAGCAGACAAUACCGUAGUUUUAUAAGAAACAUAUGGUUUACAAAACGAGGUCGUGAAAGCUUUACGAAGAGGAGGAAAGAUGGAGAAGAUAUGGAUAGCUUGAGAAAUGGAAAGCUACCUUCUUUCAAUCUACCUCAAUCUGAAAGGGUUAUGUAUUUCUGGCCUGAGGUCAUUAAGAGGAGAAUAUGUAGAUCUGGGUAUUUUACAGAUCAUAAUCGUCCUCAAAUCCGUUUAGUGACAGCAGUACUGAUUGCACUUGCUGUUCUCUGCUUGCUGGUAUCCCAUGUGAAAUGAUCCUGUGAAUCUAGUUUUGGUUCACGUUGUGUUAUAUAUUGCCAUAGUCCACGGUGUACUCAUACUGAUCAUGCUUGUGCUGUGUAAUGGAUUCUGGAGGACCAUCAUUGUUUGGAAGCAUUUCAAUGUUGCACUCCAAAUUGUCAUGCCCUACAGAUGGAGGUUUGGAAACGGCCUUUUGCGGUUGACAGCUUUGGUUGCUGUCAUUGGCAUGACCUGUCACCAGCACCUCUCAAAGAAAAUUCACUAAUCCCUGUAUUUGUUCAGAGCCUCCACAUGUUGUAACAGUUUUUGCUCACACAUCUGAUAUAACUCAGAAUUGCCAGAUCAGUGAGACUGGAUUCGGAGUGUAGAAUUCCUGGGGUGCGGUUACCUUGUGUUAAUAUAUUGUUAUGAAAGUGAAAGCCGAAUUGAAUAGAAAUGAAUCAGUGUUUGUAACUAUAGUUUGUAACUGCUCCUAUGUCAUGUACGGGCGCGCAUACUCGCGCCGCCGCAGGGCGCGCGACGUCCGUCGCGCAGCAGAGCGCGCUGAGCGCCUGGGUCAGCAAGGAAACAGGCUAGGUGGCUAGGAUUAUAGGGAAUAAAAGAUUUAGUUGGUUGUUUCCCUUUCUUAGUUGGUUGCUUUCCUUUCUUAGUCCUAAAGUUUAGGAAGGUUUGUUGGGACUAAAGGCUAUAUAAGCCUGUGUAAUCAGACCUUGAGGAUUAUCAAAGAAUUAUCAAUCUA